AUGUAAAACUACCCAAGCAUUUCCUUGACAACUGAAACUCAAAAAGAUAGCAUGCAAUCAAAUUAAAAUUAAUCUACUUUAGAAGAGGGCAUAUCAGAUUCUUAUUAGAAGUCUGAGGAAAGAUAGAGUUUAAAAGGAAAAUCGUCUUUAUUCGAAUAAUUGAUACAUUAGCUAUUUAUGGAUUAAGAAACUAGAGUAUUAAUGCAAGAUUCUAAGUUUUUGUCCUUAGAGAAAGUUCCUUCUAUUCUUGAUAAUUCUUAAUCGAUCGUCUAGUAGGACUCCUUCUUUGAAGAGAUAUUAAAUUUUUAAAAGGGACAUGGUCAAAUGGUACUUAGCUAAUAGCAGUUUGGCAAAGAAAAAAAAUUGCAUUUAAAAAAGCAAUUACUCGAUGUAAAUACAAGUGACGGCUAAUCUAAUACCAAUGACGUUUAGAUGCCUAUUGACAAAAUUAUGAGUGAAGUAUCUGAUCUGAAGAAUGAGAAACAAAUGGAUGAGAGUUGCUAGAACAGCAGUAACAAUUCGAGCAAGAUAUUUUAAGAAUCUACUAACAAAUCGUAUUACGAAGAUUUGUAAACUUAUUAAUCGAAGCUUGAAAACAAGCAAACAGAGAAUUGUAUUGGUAAAUUUUAAACGAACCAAGAUCUGGACUUAGAUGAGCAGAGAUGCGAAGCUGAAUUACAAUUUCGUAGAGAAUAGCUUUUGAAAUCACUAGAACAAAUUGAUGAUGAUGUUUAGCUCGUUGUUAAGUCAAAGCAAAAAUCAUUAUAUUUAUAAACUAGAAGCCAAAGAGGAUCCAAAUUUAGAGGCGUGUCAAAAAACGGAAAAAAAUGGCAGGUAAUGAUUGUAAAAGGUAUUGCAAAGAAAUAUCUUGGAGCCAUUUCUUCGGAACAAAGAGCAGCUAGACUCUAUGAUAAAUAUGCAAUGAUAAUACAAGGUCUUCAGGCAAAAACUAAUUUUUCAUACACAAAAAGAUAAAUUGUGUUGCUGCUUGAUGAAGAUGAUGAUAUAUAAAAUGAAUAAGUAAUGAACAUUGACAAGCAAAGUGCUUCAACUAGACAACAAUAGGUUUAUCCUAACCAAAAUUUUGAGAUCUAGUUGACUCAUCACACAAAUUAACCAUCAUAACAAAUGAUACUAAGACCAACUCCUACUUUUGUAUAAAGCUAGCCUACUCAGUUUUUAUUUCCACAGCUAGUUACUACACUUUCUCAUAGAAUUGCUGCACAAACCGAAUAGAAUUAUGGCGGGUAUUUAGUUUAGCCUCAAAGAGUUCCUAUUUUCUAGCCUUAAAUAGCUUCUCUAAGAGCCCUCUAGCCCUAAAUAAUAACUUCUUCGACUGGUUAACAAUUCUUGAGACCCAAUAUCUUUACUCCUACUUAUUGCUUUUAAAACUAAAUGAACAAUAACUUUUAAGUAUGA